AUGCUGCGUGGGCAGCAGCCUUCAACUUCUACUGCUGUAUCCGGAUUGUCACAGGUUUCACUAAUUCAUUCAUCUGAUUCCGUUAGAAGCGUCGCCAAUGCAACGCCAAUAUCCUGUACCGCUUUCGCACCUUCAAACAGAAUGUCAAAACCUCCAGUUCGAGUAGUAGCGCCUCCUAUGAGGCAUCCACAGUCGAGCGUUCCCUAUGGUCACCAUAUGGCUCAUCCUAGUCCUAGUCCAGCAAUGGGUAGAUCACCUGGUCCUAAUAUGGUCCCGACCGUUAAUGUUCAUCCAGUCGCAGGAAGGUCAUACGAUGAUGACUACGCAGAGCAUCAGCGUCGCGUUUAUGAGAACAAUAGAAUUGAAUUAGAACGAAGACAGCAUGCUAUGCGCAUGCAACAAGACCAGAGACUUCAAAUGCAACAACACCUGAAGAGAACUCCUAUUGAUAAAGAAAUAGAUUUACGGAGAUUUGACAUGGAAGAUAAGUCGUUAAAAAUGAGAAACAACGUAAGGAUGGAAGAGACUCCUCUACCAGCUCCUAUUGAAGAGAGCAAAAACGAACUUCGCUCUGCAUCAGUUAGAGUUGAUAAUUUGCGCAAGCAGCUUGAGGAGAUUUACAAAAGACGACAAGCUGCUUCAAAUGCUGCUGUCGCAGAACAAAAACGUAUGCAGAUUGAAAAUCAGCAUCAAGUUCAUCAGGUUCAUCAAGUUCAACAGGUUCAUCAAGUUCAACACCAACAGAUGCUUAAUCGUUCUCAAGACCGAAUGUAUAAUCCUGUGAACGAAGUGUUAAGGCCGAGAGCUUCUGUUGAGCCAUUCAACAUCAUAGUCGCUAAGCCUGAGCUAGAAAUCACGAAAGAAUGUAUAGAAGAAAAGGAUGUAAUUGACAGUUCUGCAUUAUUGAAACAAAAAUCUUGUUCCCCUCCUAACGAACCUGUGGAUAGUUAUUCUGGCAUUCUAUCUGUCGGAAACAACACGCGUCAAGAUAUUAGUCCAUCUCCUCCUAAAGAUCCCCAUCCCACAGUUCCCUCUUCACCUCCUGAAAGUCGGGGGGCUCCAGAAAAGCCUGUAAGAAGCAAAGAAGUUCAAGAUAACGUCGUGCUCACUCAAAAAGUCGAAUGUCAAUCCUCAUAUCUUGUUCAAAGGCCGACUUCUCUUGGAGAAAGUAUGGAUGAGAGUAAACUAAGAUCAGGAAGAACUGACGCUGUAUCCCUCCGGUCUGAUUCUCUGAAGGCAACCAAGAGAAGAUCAUGGGCAGCAUCUGAAGGAACUUUCUCCGAAGCCGAAACUAUAAGGCGAGUAAUUGAAGAACAAAAACGUGGUAAACACCACUUCAUUCCUGAGAUACCAGUUGAGGCCGAAAAGGUGGAACCAGAACCAUCAUCGGCACAGGCGCAGAAUGGAAACACUUCUGAGCGAUCAACAACUGAAGAAGAAUCAUCCUUAACCAGUGACGAUGAACCGCAGGUAGAGAUGGAGGUCAACCAAAGAACUGUCAAGGGAAUUCUACGAGUGUCUGGUCUCAAAAAGCCCAAGCGGAGAAUAGAGUUUGACCCAUUGGCUCUCAUGCUAGACGCUGCUCUUGAGGGUGAACUGGAUUUAGUAAAGACUAGCGCUUCGAAGCUCCCAGACGUAUCGGCAGCUAACGAUGAAGGAAUCACUGCACUUCAUAACGCAAUAUGUGCAGGCCACUACGAGAUUGUCAAAUUCUUAAUCGAAUCUGACGCGGAUGUCAAUGCUCAAGACAGUGAUGGCUGGACUCCUCUUCAUUGUGCUGCGUCGUGUAAUAAUCUUCCUAUGGUUCGACAGUUAGUUGAAGGUGGUGCCUGUGUUUUGGCUUCAACCUUAUCUGAUAUGGAAACACCAGUGGAGAAAUGUGAAGAGGAUGAAGAAGGAUAUGAUGGUUGCCUGAGAUAUUUGGCUGCUGCUCACAGUGCAACAGGGUCUUUGAAUAGCGGAAAGGUUUACGCCGCUUAUGAUUAUGACGCUGAGUUUGAAGAUGAACUAACAUUCAAGGCGGGAGAUGAAAUGAGAGUAAUUAGUAAAGAUGACAAGGAAAAGGGUUGGUGGACGUGUGAGCGUUUAGACGAAAAAACUAAUGAAAAGGAACAGGGUCUGGUUCCAAGAACAUAUCUUGCCCUGUAUGCAGCACUGAAAUACCGUAAAAAACUCGGAUUCGCAAUGUUUGACUUGCCUUUGGAAGCAAAUAACAAUGACAUUAAUUAA